UAUGUUUUCUGCAUGAAACAAUUAUAUAUUUUCAGGUUUUUGAUUAGUAUAUUGACAUGAACUUUUCUUUCUUCCAUCUUGAUGAGUAUAUAUCAUAGCUUAGAGUUUUAACUGUUAAGAUUCUGGUUGAUUUGGUUUUUUUAACAUGGCAUCAGAAACUGCAAAGGAACUAAGUCAACCAAAUGUCUAUGCUAUUGGUUAAGACUCUAAAGUAUGUAAUACAAAAUUCUUAUGAGCGAGAAGUGUCGAUGAAAUACAAAACCUCAUCAUAGUUGUAAAUAUUCUAAUGUGUUACCUAUUGUUAAGGUACCCAAUUGAUAUAUUCCCUUCAAUCUUCAACAAUAGUGCAUAAUCUUCCCAACAAAGAUGGCUACAAUCUUACCAAUACCAAGAAGAUUCAGUUCAGAAUUUCAAGAGUUUUUUAGAUGUUCAUCAUCAUCAAUAAAUACCAACUUUAGCAAGAAAAAGCAUCAAAGUAAUGAGAGUAUAACAAAUAUGAUGAAUAGAAGAGUAAGUUUUUCAAAAGAUGAAGAUGAUCAUGGGAAGAUAAAAAGGUGUAAUCAAUGUUUACAAGCUAAUAGAAUUGAAGGUUUAUUAAGUAAGGAUGGUUUAAGUCCUGUUUUUUAUGCUUCAGAGCAAUCUGAUUCCAUAGAAAAACAUAGGAGUUCGUUGGAAAUUUACUUGGAGAAAGUUAAGGGUAUUGAUGGAAGUGAUGAAUCUGAGAUUGAUGAUCAUGGUAGUCAAGUUUUUGCAAGGAAGGAACUUGGGUUACUUGAGAAGUACCUCAAUGCACUUAAAGAAGAUGCAUCAGGAAAUUCUGAAGACUCUGUUAUUAAUCAACAGCAAGGCAAGAGAACACAAACUUACAGAAAAAAUGAUAUUUACACAAGGAAAACUGCAUCAUUUCCUAUGUAUGAUGAGAAAGAGAGCGGCUACUUAUACCUCAUAAGUACAUUGGUGUCAAUAAAUAUAGCAGUGUUUCUGUUCGAGAUAGCAAGUCCAGUAAAGGGUUCAUACUAUAACCUUUAUUCACUGCCUAUGAUGUAUGGUGCCAAGGUUAAUGAUCUCAUCAUGCUUGGUGAAUGGUGGAGGCUUCUCACACCCAUGUUUCUGCAUAUAGGAUUUCUGCAUAUUGCACUUGGUUCAUGGGUGCUCUUAUCAUUUGGAACUCAAGUAUGCAAAGGAUAUGGUCCUUUUACAUUCCUCCUAAUAUUUAUAGUAGGGGGUAUUUCUGGAAACUUCUCAAGCUUCCUUCAUACAACAGAACCUACUGUUGGUGGAUCAGGACCAGUUUUUGCAGUUAUAGGAGCUUGGCUUGUUUAUCAGAUUCAGAACAAGGAUGUUAUUACAAAGGAACUUUCUGACUCUAUGUUUCAGAAGGCAAUACUUGCCACUACACUCAACUUUUUGCUUGGAAAUUUUGGGCCUAUGGAUAAUUGGACAAGUCUUGGUGCAGCAAUAACAGGAAUCAUAUAUGGUUUUUUCACAUGUCCAAUGGUGCAAGUAGAUAAUACAUCCGGUCCCACUUCUACAUCACAAAAAACUAGUAGUAGAAUUAAAGAAGAAAUCAUCCUAAAUAACACACAAGCUGCAAAUCCCUACAAAUCACUCUUUAUUUUCACUCUUUUUGUGUCUGUUUUUUGCUCCUUGCUUUUCCUUACUCAAUCUUCACUUGAUAGUGUAGAAGUUGAUGAACUUAUCCAGAUUAUUGAGUGAUAAUUUUGCGUCCUUUUUGCCAUCCUCCGUUUUCUUAUUAAUAACUACAUUUUACCCUUUUACGUGAGAGCUUUUUGAGUAAAGUGUAAUUAUUGAUAAAAACGGAUGUAUUAUAUACAAUUGUGUAAUAAAUAAGUUGAUGUAAUACAUAGGAAAUAUAAUACCAUAGGAUUGUAAUAUAACACUAGUAUGUAUUACAUAUAAUUAGCUAUAUAACUAUUUGUUUUGAUUAUAAUAGAGUGUGGUAAAACAGUUUGUAGAUUAUGCGUAAUUGCAUAUGUGUUUAUUUUUGUAAAGUUGUUGAUUUGUCUAUUAUCAACAAUCAAACGAAAAUAAUAUAGAAUGCUCACUUUUCUUGGCUUUGUCUUUA